CGUAUGGGCGGAGCUAUUUUUCAGACUAUAAAUAUUUCCGGCUGUUCACGGUCGUCAACAAAGUCCCACGUCGUCGACUGGAUAUUCAGUAGAGCGCGCGACAUCUCCCUCAAGUCUUUAAAAUGGCUCGUACCAAGCAGACCGCCCGUAAAUCCACCGGAGGAAAAGCUCCCAGGAAGCAGCUGGCCACCAAAGCUGCCCGCAAGAGCGCGCCAUCUACCGGCGGCGUGAAGAAGCCCCACAGAUACAGGCCUGGAACUGUCGCCCUGCGUGAGAUCCGUCGUUACCAGAAGUCCACCGAGCUGCUGAUCAGGAAGCUGCCCUUCCAGCGCCUGGUCAGGGAAAUUGCGCAGGAUUUCAAAACUGAUCUGCGAUUCCAGAGCGCUGCCAUCGGAGCUCUGCAGGAGGCCAGCGAAGCGUACCUGGUCGGCCUGUUUGAGGACACCAACUUGUGUGCCAUCCACGCAAAGAGGGUCACCAUCAUGCCGAAAGACAUCCAGCUGGCCAGACGAAUUAGAGGAGAGCGUGCUUAAAUUCUCCCCCCACAAAUGUUUUAAAUGUACAUUUCUUUUUUUUUUUAGUACACUCUUUACCAUUCCCAUCUGUAUCAUCAUCUUUUCAAAAUCUUUUAUUCAGUUUUGUCAUUUUUGACUUUGUAAAUAAACUUUCCUCUACCUCAAA